ACUUAAAAAGAUAGUUGAUAGUGUAAAUUCAUCUAAAUGUUUCUCUAUAUUAGCCGACGAAACUACAGAUGUAGCCACUAAUGAACAACUAUCUUUAAGUGCACGUUAUGUGGAUGAUAAUGAUAUUUUGCACAAAGAUUUUCUUCAAUUUUUUGAAAUCAAUAGUUUGACUGGAUCAAAUUUAGCUUUGUCUAUAUUGAAUGGUUUAAAUAGCUGUGGUAUUGAGUGUGACUACUUGUAUGGCCAAGGCUAUGAUGGAGCCAGUAAUAUGGCAGGGAAAUUUAAUGGGGUCCAAGCUGUGAUUAGAGCUACACAUCCAAAAGCACUUUACGUGCAUUGUGCAGCACAUUCAUUUAAUUUAGCCGUAUGUACAUCAAGUAACAUACAAUCUGUUAGAAAUUGCUUAGGAAUAGUUGAGCGACUGUAUGUGUUUUUUAACACACCUAAAAGGAAAAAUGCAUUGAUCAAUGAAAUUGAAAAAAGCGACUCCAUACCUAAUUCAAAUGCUAGGACCCUUAAAAGACAAUGCGCAACAAGAUGGGUUCAAAAAUAUGAGUCAUUAAAUGACUUAAUUGAGUUAUUACCAUUUGUAGUAAAAACACUGGAAACAAUUUAUUCUAUGUGGGGUGUGCCAUCUUCUAUUGAUGCUAAUGUUUUAUUAAAAAGUGUAUUGGAUUCUGAGUUUCUGGUUUCUUUAUAUGUUACAAAGAUAUUUUUUGCCUUUGGAUUGCCUGUGUGUAAACAACUACAGAAAGAACGGAUAGAUUUAAAAACUACUUUAAGUACUAUUGAAUUAUUAGUUAAUACUUUAAAAGAAAUGAGACAGGAUGCAGAAAAAGAAUUUCAUAUUUUAUAUGAGAAACUAAAAAAUUUGGCAAAUGUUAUUGGCACAGAAAUAACCAAAAAACGCACAACAAACAAACAAAUAGAGCAAAUCCUCAAAUAUCCUCUGUAGAAGAUUAUUAUAGAGUGACAGUGUUUAUGCCAUUUAUUGACAAUUUUAUCAACCAACUUACAACUAGAUUUUUAAAUCAUAAAUCCGUUUUUGAAGGGUUUGAAUGUUUAUUUAGUUUAACAUUUACAGAUGCAGAAAAAAUAUCAUUUGAGAAUUUGGUUGAGUUUUAUUUACCACCAGUUGAACAUGAUAACGCUUAUGUCGAAAUUAAAAUAUGGAAAUUAAAAAUAACAAGUCAAGAUGUAAACAUCAAAAGUGGGUUAGAAGCACUUUUGAGCUGCCUAAAGAUUGACUUUCCAAAUAUACAUUUUUUAAUUAAAUUGUUUUGCACAUUACCGGUGUCAACAGCAACACCUGAAAGAUCUUUUUCAACCUUGAAAAGGUUGAAAACAUAUCUAAGAUCCACAAUGAACGAAAUGAGGCUAAAUGAACUAGCUAUGAUGUCUAUUCAUCGGGAAAUACAUCUAGAUGUUGAUGAAAUAAUUAAUGAAAUGUCAUUAAGUCCUAGAAAAUUGGAUUUUGUAUUAUAAAUGUUGUUUGAUAUGCUUAAAAAUAAAUAACUAACAUCAAAAUGUAUAUGUUAAUUCAUUGUAAUAAAUUGAAUUUCUAUAUAAUAAUAUAAAAUAUGGUAAAUUUAUUAAAUAAAGAGUAGGUAAUUGGGGCGG